AUGGCCUCGUAUCCUAAGAAGAAGUGCGGUGUUUUGGGCGCCACCGGCUCCGUGGGCCAGCGUUUCAUCCUCCUGCUUGCCGACCACCUCUUCCUGGAGCUGCACGCCGUCGGUGCGUCUGAGCGUUCUGCGGGCAAGCAGUACAAGGAUGCCGUGAGAUGGAAGCAGUCUACGGCUAUGUCUGAGAAGCUUAGCACACUCGUCCUCCGCGACUGCAAGGCCGAACAGUUCGCUGACUGCGAUCUCGUCUUCUCUGGGCUUAACAGCGACAUUGCGGGUGAUGUUGAGAUGGAAUUCAUCAAGGCCGAUAUCCCCGUCUUCUCGAAUGCGAAGAACUACCGCAAGCAUCCUCUCGUCCCUCUCGUCGUUCCCACCGUCAACCCCCAGCACCUGGAUCUCAUCCCUCACCAGCGCAAACACUUCGGCCUGAAGAAGGGAUUCUUGGUUUGCAACUCCAACUGCGCAGUCAUUGGCAUUGUUAUCCCAUUCGCUGCCCUGCAGGCCAAGUUUGGACCCGUUGAGGAGGUGGAGGUCUUCACCGAGCAGGCUCUCUCUGGAGCUGGAUACCCUGGCGUGCCCAGCAUGGAUAUCCUGGACAACGUCAUUCCUUUUAUCAGCGGUGAGGAAGACAAGCUUGAGAACGAGGCCCAGAAGAUCCUGGGCUCCUUGAACGCCGAUGCUACUGCUUUCGAAGAGCAGUCCGGCCUACGGGUUGGCGCCACCUGCACUCGCGUUGGAGUUACUGACGGUCACAUGGCAUUUGUUUCCUUGCGCUUCAAGAACCGCCCUGCUCCCAGCGCAGAGCAGGUGGCUCAGGCCAUGAGGGAGUACCAGUCGGAGGCUCAGAAGCUGGGCGCUCCUUCUGCACCCGCCCAGGCUAUCCGAGUGUUCGACGAGCCCGACAGACCCCAGCCUAGACUGGACCGGGACAUCUCCAAGGGCUACACCGUUAGCGUCGGACGGGUGCGCGACGGCAACGAGGGUGGCUACUUCGAUCUCCGUUUCGCUGCUCUUUCGCACAACACCGUUAUCGGCGCUGCUGGAUCAUCCAUCCUCAACGCGGAGGUUGCUGUCAUCAAGGGCUACAUCUAA